GCGAGGACCUGCCUGAUUCAUGAGAACUCCACUGGCACCUCAGUUGAGACCAUGGCAGCAGAGGUGCCCAUGGACACAGCCUUCGCAAUGCCUGCCACUCCAUAUCAUGUAAACAAAGUGACCUAUCGUCCAACAACAGAAAAGCCUGGCUAUAAAAGCAAGGAGCAGGUCACAUAUAACAAGGCUGGGGUGCCAUCCAGCAAAGGACUUUCCUCAAGGACCUCCAGUGCAAAUUCUUGGGACAGCUCCAAGAAUCUGGAAGGGGAUAAAACAAGAGACGAAUUCCUCUGCCCAACACCUCCUUCUACACAGAACUUCCCAGCAAAAAGCCACAAUAAACACAACCACAAUCCCAAAACUCCUGCUGGCCAAUAUAUUCACCACGAAUCACCUAAAAUAUGUGCUGAAAGAAAGGGGAGCUUUGACAGCAAGAUUUCUCUUGAAAAUCACCCAAAGGGAAGGGCUGCAAGGUCCCAAGAACAUGCCAAGUCUGUCCAAGAAAAAGAAGAAUCCAUCAGUUUUAAUUCAGAUGACUCAACUGGCAAGUUACAUCAAUCUGUACGAACUGAGUUGCUCAGCUCCCCCACAAAAAAUAUAAAGUGCAGCUAUGAAGACACUGAAGAAGUCAAGACUGUUUUGAAUGCCAAAGACUCCUUGGCUUCAGGUAUACAAAAUGUUAAAGUGGAAGGGAAGUGCCUUCAGGAAAAGAAAAACAGUCGGAUCCCUGCCAAUAUCAAAGCCAAAUAUGGCACCACAGUAGUGGAGAAGCUGAUAUCAGAGGAACAGGCACGGCGUGCUCUUUGCGAAGCUGGACUAAUCCAAGGACAGAAAAGACUCAGUGACUGGCCAUUCAAAUCUCUUGAGAAUCCUAUGACAUCUUCACCUUAUGCUGAUUAUUAUGAACUGGGUUAUAAUCUGAGAUCCAACAUUUUCCAAGGCGGACCAUUAGAAACUAAAAGCUUGAUGAAGGAUUCUUAUACUCCUGAUGUAAUCAAGAGGGCAGUACGGGAUCCCAAACGUUGGCAUGGAAGGAAGACUGAUGAUCUAGGGAGAUGGUUCCAGAAAAAUGCCCUCAAUCUUAACCUGCAGAAAGCUUUGGAGCAAAAAUUUGGGGAAAAGAACAAAGGCAGCAGAUCCUAAAAAGGCAUAAAAGAGGCACAUGAGCCCUUGCUGAAAGUUAUUUGCCUCUCCCUCGCAGUGAAAUAAAUCUCAUUGCAGUCUCUGUC